AGUCUGUAGCAAGUCAGUUGUCAGUUCAAACGCCAUUAAUAUCGUCUCGAGUUAAACACGAACACAGUAUUUUUCAAAUCAUAUUAUUUGUAAUUUUUUUUUGCUCUGAUUUUCAGUGCUCGUCGGUGUUCAGAGAUUUUGCUGUCGAGUGUACUACGAGCAAAGUCUCGUAUUUUUUUUCAUUAUUUUCACUUUUCCUCGUUUGAAUAUUUAAUGAACUUCUGAGCACGAAUGUACUUUGUUGUUUUCUAUUUAAUUUUAAUGUGACCUGUUUUGUGUGAUUCCUGUUUUUCAUCGAUUAUAGCAGUGCUUGAAACAUAAAAAAAAUGUACUAGGGCCAGGGCGCCGGUUGUGAGCGGCAGGAGUUUUUAGUGAGGUUCAACUCCCACAUACCCCACCUGCCGCGCGGGUGGGGAUCCGGCGAUUUUCUCCUGUGGAAAAAAAGAUCCGACUGGAAACGCGAAUAGGCGAAUUAAUAGCUAGUGACAAGUGUGAAAGUCCAUAUGUGAAUAUAUAUUAGUUUUUAAUGUUAGUUAGAGAAAAAUACCGAAAUGCAUAUAGCAGUGGGCGCUCAAAGGACUCUGCUCGCUUUCGUUCUACUGGCUCUCAGUAAUUCGCCUUCAGCCACGCAAAACACUUUUAUCACUGGUAGUCCGAUGUCGUCGGUAACGGGCACAGUGACAAGAGUAGCGGCGGUCGUAGGCGGGGAGGCUAAUUUACCCUGCGACAGUCGCCCGCCACAGCGCAACGAUAGCAUGCUGCUGGUCGUUUGGUACCGAGAUGACAAUCCAGUUUACAGCUAUGACACUCGAGUGCUCGGGCCGUCUGCUCACUGGACUGACGAGCCCUUCGCAAACCGAGCACGCUGGUACAGCACGCCGUCUUCUGGUCUCCACGUGGAUGCUGUACAGGCCCGAGACAGAGCCGUCUACAGAUGCAGGGUCGAUUUCCAAAUCUCACCCACCAGGAACUACAGGAUUGCACUUGAUGUAAUAGAGCUCCCGAAUAAGCCGGUUAUCUUUGACGAAUUCGGCAAGGAAAUAUCCGGUGCGGCGGGCCCUUACAACGAGGGUGGGGACUUCAAACUUAUUUGUUCAGUAAACGGGGGUACACCCACUCCAAGAGUACAAUGGCUGCACGGAGACACAGUUUUAACGACUUUGGGAGCCAGUGACCUUCAACCUUCGGGGAUGACCAGGACUCUAGUACUAGUUGUGAAGAACGCUACUAGGCUGCAUUUGUCUGCUGUUUACACUUGCACGGCUGAUAACACACUGUUGUCUACACCGCAGAAGACUAGCGUUCGAGUGGAUCUGUAUUUGAGGCCGCUAUCAGUCGAAAUUUUAUCAAAGGAACAGCCGCUCUCCGUGGGCAGAAAGACUGAGCUUUGGUGCCGGUCUACAGGGGCACGACCCCCUGCUAAUAUCACUUGGUGGCUUGAUGGAAAACAGCUGCACUCUAUCGGCAAACAGAAAAAGGAUACAAACGAAAGCCAGUCUUUGCUCGAAUGGGUCCCCAUGAAAGAGCACAACGGGAAGGUACUCACAUGCAGAGCUGAACAUGUUCGCUUCAAUCACUCCACCAUUGAAAGCAAGCUACCUUUGAAUAUUUACUACGUUCCCAUUACAAGAAUGGAGCUUGGCUCGAAGAUGAAUCCAAACGAUAUUGAAGAAGGCGACGAUGUUUACUUCGGGUGCGACGUUGACGCAAAUCCACCAGCGUACAAAGUCAUAUGGGAGCAUAACGAGGUUCUUCUACAACACAAUCCAUCGAAUGGUGUAAUAUUGACCGGGAACACGAACCUGGCGGUCCGAAACGUAUCAAGACACCAAGCGGGAAACUACACUUGCACAGCAUCUAACGUGGAGGGUGACGGAAAAUCUCCUCCACUGCACUUACAAAUAGUUUACAAACCGCUCUGUCGGAAGAGAGAAAUGAAAAUGAUUGGAGCUGCUCUCCAAGAACCGACGAAGGUUAUCUGCGAGGUGGACGCAUAUCCUCCACCGAACACUUUCGAAUGGACAUUGAACAGUUCUGCUGGAUCCAUCAGGGUUGAUGCUGAACGUUUCACGGUGGAAGUAAAGGAGGGUCGUUCAGUAUUAACUUACAUGCCGGUGUCGGACGUCGACUAUGGCACGUUGUCGUGCCGCGCGACGAACUUGGCUGGACAGCAGCCGAUGCCGUGCCUCUACACUUUAUUACCGGCGACGCGUCCCGAUCAGCCAACUAACUGCACUGUUUACAACCUCACCGACGACUCUCUGGACCUCGCCUGUAUUGCUGGAUACGAAGGAGGUCUACGUUGUGUUUACGUAUUAGAAGUCUGGACCAACGAGGGUCUGUUGGUGAACGUGAGUAAUGGUGCUGCCUUAUGGAACCUAAGAAGAUUGGGAGCAGCAAGACUUUUGCGUUUGGUUGUAUAUGCCGCGAAUUCUAGAGGGAGGUCCGAGCACGUCUCAUUCACUGUUGAAACUGCACCGAGAUUAGCUCCAAGGACGGAAGCGCAAGCGGCAUGGGAAGUGAACUGGGCUGUCGGCGGUGCUUUGUGCUUCAUCACGGUGAUCGGUGUGAUUGUCUGUCUCGCAAUGACCGUUUUCAAAUUGAGAAAUAGAGCAAGAGACUACGAAGUCACCAUACCUUCAUUAAAGAACCAAAAGGUAUUACCGCCAAAGAGGAACUCUCCUCACGGGCAAGACGACAGAAAUCCAGACAUCAUUCCACUAAGCAAAGGACUGGCAGGAUGUCCGCCCGAUCCGCCUAUGUAUUCGGCGGUGACGUCAUCAGACCCAAAGAACUCGAACAGCGCCCACAGUUUGUCUCGCACGCUAUCACCGACCACGCCGGCUUCGUCGCACGCUCAAUACGCUGACACGCAGAGUGAAUCAAGUCGAAACGGAGCGAACGGAGUUUUGAGAUCUCACAGAGAAGUCGUGACAACGAGAACGCCUCUACUCGCGGCGCAUCAAGAAAGCUGUGUUUAAAAUUUCAAUUUGAUGUACAUAUAAUUACGAGGAAAGUUAAGGAAUCUUCGAUUUUAAAAUAUGUGUAAUAAUGAUUAGUUUUGAUUAAAGGUUGUUUUUACAGAUAUUAGUAGUAAGCCGAUUCUGUUUACAAUUAAUCGUUAAAUAAUAUUAGUAUUUAUAUUUUCUGGUCAAGAGUGUAUUAUAACUUAAUGGAAAAAAAAAUCAAUUUAGUUUUACGGAUAAAAUGAUUUGUAUCUUCAAAUAAACGACUGAUGGGGAAAUGUUAAUUAAAUAAUUUAGAAUAAUUUGUCGUAAUAUAACAAUUAAUUACUCUUUAAGAGGUACAAUGAAGGCUCUAAGCUGUAGAUAAUUUUAGAUAAUUAUGUGUAUAUAUUAUAAAAGUGCUUUUUUAAUUAUUUUUUCGAUAUCUCUUUUUUUCGACCCUUUCUUAGCGUUAUUGUCAUAUCGAGAACAUACAUAAUAGUUUUUUUUGUACAGAACAUGAAAAAUUUAUAAAAAACAAUUAAAGAAAAUACCUAGAUCGAAUUAUAAUAGUUCAAAGCCUAAGGAACUUUCUGGGGGAAUGGUAUUCAAUAUUGUGUCUUGAUUUGACUUCAAAUUAUCGAUUUGAGACAUUGUCGCUCGAUUGAUGCAGAGUAUUCGAUAUGGUUUAGAUAAAGUAUAUGGAGCUAUUUCCUUAGCUCUAAAGUGUAAUUACAACUAUUCCGAUCUGCAGACCCAUACAAUAAUAUAUUCUAUGUACAUUAAUUUAACUAUCUUACUGGUGGUAGGACCUCUUGUGAGUCCGCACGGGUAGGUAGGUACCACCACUCUGCCUAUUUCUGCUGCGAAGCAGUAAUGCGUUUCGGUUUGAAAGGUGGGGCAGCCGUUGUAACUAUACUGAGACCUUCGAACUUAUAUCUCAAGGUGGGUGGCGCAUUUACGUUGUAGAUGUCUAUGGGCUCCAGUGACCACUUAACACCAGGUGGGCUCGUCCACCCAACUAAGCAAUAAAAAAAACGAUUUUAAUAAUUUCCUGAGAUCUUUUUACACAAUGUUCAUUCAUCCUUGAUUGUAUCAUUGGUUCAAGAGUACGUCAUCGGUACGUAUGUAUUACGUAAAAGUUAUUAUCGGCCUGUGUCGCUGCACUUCAACGAAUAAAUUGUCGCCUCAUUUGAUACGCAUACAACGCCACUCACCCCUCGCAGCCGCUUGUAAUAAAUAGCUAGUCGUUGAGUCGGUAACAUUGUAUCGGAUCCGAUAAAUCGUUAUCGUAUCAACAAAUAAGCUGUUACAAUGUAUCUGUGACUCAAUAAUUCUUCAAUUUCCGCGUUAUUUUGUAGUCAAAUAAAGCCAAAGAGUAUGUAAUAAAUGUUUUUCCAUGAAUUACUUUUGUAAAUUGACAAUACUUUUAUUCUUAGUAUAAUUAUAUGUUAAUGAAUCUCAAGAUUAUUGUUGUUUAAUGGAUAGUGUUGGUUCACACUAGUCUCGCGAUUGUAAAUAUUUAAUGAAGUGUCACAAUAAGUGCCGGCUCGAUUAAAAGAUCAAUGUAGACGAAUUGAACUCUAGAAUUAUUUUUAGGUGACGAAGGAACGAGGAGCCGGAUAACUCUCUAUCCUCGUUAUUGUUCUUUUUAUAGAUUACAAGACAAUUUCAUGUUGGUUUUCUUAUUACGGAAAUUUUAUGUUUUAAAUAUGUCGUAUACAAUAUCGUCACUUAUAAAUGUAAAAACGAAUAAUACCUGCAGCGUGUAUAGAAAGAUUAUUAGUGGAAAAUUGUAAUAUAAAUAAUAAUAAUAAUACUAUUUUCAAAUUAAAUUUAGAAUAUAAUCGUUCUAUAUAAAGUGCACUAUCAAAUUCUAAGCGAUUUGGAAUUAGUGUUAAAACUGUGUAUGAAAAAAUUAUUCUUUUCCUUUCUGAAAAUUAAUUCAAUUUAUAAAUCAUGAGGUCGAAAAUACUAAUUAAAUAACAACAUAAUUCAUUAUGGUGUAAAAAGUUAAAUGGCGUUUCAUAUUUUAUAGGAUUAGUCGUUAGAUCUCAAAUGAACAAGAAUCAACUAGCACUUUUGAAUAUUUUAUUAAAACAAAUUUUACUGUUUAAUUUCGUGUUUAUUAUUUUCAUUUUAUUGUUAAUGCAAUAAUCAUUUAAUACGCCAAAAAUAUUCAAACGUUAAAGGUAGUUGUUAAAAAAGAAAAUAUGAAAAUCAAACUAAUAAAAUUAUUUUAAGCAAUCUCAAUUGCAUAUUUUAACACUAAUUUCAGAAUGCAUCGCGGGAGCGAAGUUUGAAAAAAGAUCGGAAACGAUUUGCUCAUUAUUGUAAUGAAUUUAAUCUCGACGAAGGCACGACGUUAAUUGUAAUUUAUUUGAAACGAUAACCGAGGUGAACAUUUUUUAUUACAUGUGAUUUAAUAAAAUGUCAAUGUUG